UGUGACUUCAAGUUUCUGUACUUGAUUUUAUAUGAUUAUACGUAAAACACUGGCAGUCGGUCAAGGAUGCAUCUGCCUAUUUCGGCGACACAAGCGCUGGAUGGUGUAUAUGUAGCGCCAACAUCACCGUUAUGCUCCACCAAAACCGCUAUUCUUUGACCCAUAUUUCUUGGAAAUGUUGCUACUCUCAAUUGAUCCCAGUGGUUGGCUGGACAACGAUACACAUCAUGUUGCCACCUAUGUUUUAGUGGCGUCCUCGACUGCAAUGCUCUAUGAUUGGGCACUGACAUUCCAACAAGAGGUUGAACUGAUCUGGAAGCAACGCUGGUCUUUCAUGACCUUUCUAUAUGUCAUCGUGCGCUACGUUGGAAUACUAUACUCUAUCAACAACCUACUGCCGAGUCUCCCAGGAAUUUCGAUGACAGAUGUGGUAAGUACCCUAUUUUUCCUGGUACAAGCAGGGACAUAUUUCCUCAUAAAUACCAUACUCGGCAUCAUCAUGAUUGCCCGAUUAUAUGCCAUGUAUCAGGGAUCAAAAAAAAUCCUCGUCUUUCUCAUUGUAGUCUUUCCAACUAUCACAGCCGCCUGUGGAGUGCUGUUUGCAUUAGCAAUCCGCAGUUUGCCUUGGGAUGACCUCGUCCUCUCCGGCACCAAUCAAUGUGUUUACGAGGUUCAGAGAAGCCAACAACUUGAACUUCUAUUGGCCGGGGUUUGGAUACUCCGCCUUGUGUGGGAGGGCAUUGUACUCUGUCUUGCAGUCUGGAUCGCUGUCAAACAUUACCGUGAAAUUCCGUGGCUACGUCCAAGAUGGUCUAAAGGUUGUUUCACGGUGUUAAUACAAAGUCAUGUGCUUUACUUUGCAAGCUUUGCUGCUGUUUCUUGUUUCAGCCUUGGUUGUCUGUCUCCUAACAUAAUAG